AUGAGCUUAAAUUACUUAAAAAAAGAGGUUCUAAAAAAUAAGAAAAAAAACAGAUUGGUACCAGGAGAGCAAGUUCAUCUUCAAGAUACAAUUUUGGAUGUGCCUUACAAUAAGGUGCAGAUUGUUGAAGUUAUUGGUAAAGGCAAGGUUAUCGUAGAUAUUACAUUUGAAAGCAGUAAUACAAGACAAUAUGUAGUUCAACUAGCUAACAUAAUUGG